AUGAAAUUGCUGCGUACAGCACUGCCCGUAGCAUUAGUGCUACUUCUAGCCAUCACGCACACACAAGCCGAAGCCGAAAAAGAGCCUGCAGGUGCUGAGAAAAAAUCAGCCGAACCAGCAGAAAAAGCAGCUGAAACAAAAGACAACAAAGCUGACGAUAGUGAAACAACUAAAGCGAAGCGUGGUUUACAUUACUACGAAGAUUACCAUCAUCACCAUCACUACCCAGCACAUGAAGAGAAAACUAUAACUAUUAUCAAAAAGGUACCAAUACCAGUACCAAUUGAGAAGCAUAUUCAUGUACCAGUUGAAAAACAUGUUCAUGUACCAAUUAAAGUAAAGGUGCCAAAACCAUAUCCAGUUGUCAAACAUAUACCAUAUGAGGUUAAGGAAAUUGUGAAAGUACCACAUGAAGUUCCAGCACCAUAUCCAGUUGAAAAGAAAAUACCCUAUCCAGUACAUGUACCUUAUGAUCGUCCAGUACCAGUAAAAGUUUAUGUUCCUCAACCUUAUCCAGUUGAGAAGAAAGUACAUGUUCCAGUCAAAGUACAUGUUCCCGCACCAUAUCCAGUCGAAAAGAAAGUACAUGUACCAGUAAAAGUACAUGUACCAGUAGAAAAACCAUAUCCAGUUGAAAAGAUUGUACACUAUCCAGUUAAAGUACCAGUUGAGAAACCAGUACCAUAUCAUGUAGACAAACCAGUGCCUUAUCAUGUUGAAAAACCUGUACCAGUACCAGUCAUUAAGAAAAUACCUGUUGCCGUACAUGUACCAUAUGAUCGUCCAGUACCAGUACAUGUCGAGAAACCAGUACCUUAUGAAGUUAAAGUACAUGUACCUGCACCAUAUCCAGUUGUCAAGGAAAUACCAGUAAAAGUUGAAAAACACGUACCAUACCCAGUUAAAGUACCAGUUGAGAAACCAGUACCCGUGCACAUUGAAAAACAUAUUCCUGAAUAUCACGAAAAACACAUUAGCUAUAAGGAACCAGAAUUCAUUCAUAAAAAAAUUGAAGAGCAUCACGAACCUAUUCAUCAUCAUGAAGCUAUUCAUCAUCAUGAACCCAUCCAUCAUCAUGAACCCAUCCAUCAUCAUGAACCCAUUCAACAUCAUGAGGAAAUACAACAUGAGGAACAUCAUGAAGAACAUCAUGAAGAGCAGCAAGAAAUUGAACAUCAUGGUUUGGAGAGUGAAGGUUAUGAACAUGGUGGAGAGCAACAUGGCUUGGAGGAACAUGGUUUGGAACAACAUGAAUUGGAGCAUCAUGACUAUGAGGUGGAUCAUCAUGAUUAUGGCCAUUACGGCUCUAGUCAUCAUGGUUACUAA